AUGAACCGUCGGGGGCCAGCGAACACCAUUGCUCCAUUAGCUAGUGUUGUUGAAGCGCUCUUCUCCGUCUUCUUCUGCAACUGCGGUCGCUGGCGUCGUCGUUUCGAGCGACUGUUAUGGCUAACGCCCUUCCCCGACUACCUCGUGUUACAUGGAUCUUCAAAAGUGGAGAUUGAAUGGAUGUUUCAGAUCCAUGGUGAUGUGAAAGAUAUAUACAUGGUGACGAAAAAAGACUCUAGCCGUCAGAAUUUUGCUUUCGUUAGAUUUGUAGGUAUUGCUGAUGAAAGAAGAAUUGAAGAGUCGCUUAAAGGAAUAAGAUUCAAGAACAUAACCUUGAUAAUUAACAAAGCAAAGUUCGACAGGAAAGAUCCCAAAUCCAUAGUCCUUAAUUCAAGGGUAUGUCAUCCUCCUCCUCAUCCUAGACCUUAUUGGCAUCAUGGGGGAUUUCGAGACAAUAGAACAUUUACUGGGGUGCUAGCUAGGAAUGGUGGUUCAAAAUGCCUACUGCACCAAAUAUCCAUUAACACUGAGGUCAUGAUGAAACAAUGGAAGAAUAAUGAGCUAUCUCUAAUUGGGAAAGCACACAAUGCAAAACACCUAAACAUUAUACCCUCUACUGUUAACUUGGGAGAUGAUGAUUCUGUAAAGGGUGAAUGGUUUGCAUGGGUGGACAAUGUUGUAAAUGUCAACAUUGAAUUCGAACGGAUAAUAUGGGUCAAAAUUGUGGGGUUACCAUUCGAUCUAUGGGAUGAGAGUAACAUCAAUAACAUUGGAAGUCAGUUUGGGGAGGUGGUUAUCCCAUUCGAGUUCUUUUCAGCAUUCAGGGACUUCUCAAUGGCGAAAGUAUGCAUUAUGACAAAAUCCUUGAAGAAAGUAAAUAAAGAAAUUGCUAUCCCGGGUGGCGAUCGUAUGGUCAAAAUUGGGAUCAUUGAAAUGAACGAAUCAUGGAGUCCUUUCAAGAAGCAGACCUCAGAGGAUAAUUGGUUGGACGACCUACCUGAAUCCGACGAGGAAGACCACCUGGGUGUUCCUAAGACAGAUAAUCAGAAUGAAGACGAUGUUUUGGAAGAAAGAGAAAUAGGAAUGGAUAUAGAGACGAGAAUAGUUGCAAAAUUUGUUAUACAAUCACCGAAAAAUCAUCUUCGGCCACCGGUGUUGCCAUAA